AUGGCGUCCCCAGAAGUGGAAACUCUUUAUAACCCUGAAAGCCGAUCCAUACGCACUGUCAACAGUCUGGCAACGGCCUUCAUGCUCUGCGGAUCGAUAUCCUCGGCCCUCCCUGGCCAAAAACGAAAGGCUUCGGCUGUCAAUGCUUGGUACUACACCCGCGAUAUAGACAAAGAGAGCGAGCUUCUUUCCCAGCUUCAGGGGAAGGCAUGCUUUGACCAGGAAUCGAUCGGAUGGGAGUUUGCAGUGAUCGGCAUCCAAGACAUUACUUUCUACGUUCGCUUGGCCACAAGUUGGACUUCAACUUGGCAUUCUUCCCCGCGAGUGCCUUCCUCUUGCCGAAGCUUGUGGAGGACUGGAGAUUCCAAGAGUUACUAUACCUCGAAUGUGGAGGACUCCGGGCAUAUGCAGGUGCACCAAUUCGUUUACAAGACGAAUCCGGAGAGUGCAUUGGACUUGGUUCACUAUGAGACUUUGACUAAAGCACAACAACAGACACUCGUCAGACUGGCCGACUGGAUUGUUUCCGAUGUAGUUUUCAAUAUGCAAGAGCAAGGGGGCAAAGAGAACGCCGUCAAAUGA